AACAAGUCCAUCAGUCUGUGAACUCCAUGGAAUGAGGGAUUUGCUAGCUAGCCGUCCAUCCUGUAAAUUAUGCAAUGUUCCGAUACUUUGGUUUGAUAUUAAAUAGGAAGUUAUCUUUAGCUUCGAGCUUGCUUCCCUCGCAGAUGGCGCUAAGAAUAUCUUCAUGCAAGUCGGAAAGAUCAUAUCCAUCUGGGGGAUCUAUGGGCUGAGCAUUACCAUAUAUAGGCCUUGGAGAGGCUUUUUGCCGAUCCUUAAAAUGUAAACAACAAACUCUCAAGCGUCAGACAUUGAAGAAGCAAGCAGAACCAAUUGUCAACAUGUCGUCCCCGGAGCAAAUUAUUGAGAUUAUUAUGGACGACAAGACGUACAACGUCAGCAAAAGUAAGCUUAUUGAGAAAAGUGAUUACUUUCGUGCGCUGUACAGCUCGGGGAUGCGCGAGUCAGGUGAGGAUUCUGUCGAACUUCAGGGACUGAGCGUGCCAGGUCUGGAAUUGGUUUUGGAAUUCAUCAACACUUCUAAAGUGCAAGUUGUCAACGAGACACUUGAGGAUUUGAUUGAAACAGCCUCGUUUUUGCAGGUGAGUUCGAUCUUGAAACUGAUACUGGGGGAAAUCCGUCAGGACAACUGUGUGGAGUUGUUCAAACUCUCCGAGGUGUAUGGAACAUACGAUUUACGGAAUGCAUGUCUGAAAUACAUGAGCUGGUACUACCAUCCCAUGCUCCGACGAGCUGAAUUCAAAGCUUUUCCAGCGGCACUCCGAGAGCAAGUGAAGGAAAUGCGCAUGAAGGGCACGGCCACUUUGGUCGCCAUCGGGGACUUUAUUGGGACGUGCAUGGAUAUGACCGAGCAGGAUGAACCGUGGUCCAUGCUCCGCUAUGGGGAGGUCGAGCAACGGUGGAAGCCGCUCUCCAACAACUUGCCUUCUGACAUGGUUAACGUGAGGGGGUAUGGCUCCGCGGUUCUGGACAAUUAUUUAUUCAUUGUCGGUGGAUACAGGGUGACAAGUCAAGAGAUCUCCGCAGCGCACUGCUACAACCCCUGUCGGAACGAAUGGAAUCACGUGGCCCCACUAAAUCAGAAAAGGUCAAACUUUAAACUCUUAGCUGUGAGUGGUAAACUGUAUGCUGUGGGUGGACAGUGUCUGGGCACGGUCGAGUGCUACUGCCCAGACCAGGACUGGUGGACGUGUGUGUCUUCCUUGCCCGAGCCCUUGGCAGAGUUCUCGGCCUGCGAGUGCCAGGGAAUGAUCAUCGUCAUGGGAGGAUACACCGCCCGAGACAGGAACACGAGUGUGCUGCGCUACUGCCCGACCUCGGACAGCUGGAGUGUGAUGGACACCUGCUCGGUGCAUGUGCGCAAGCAGCAGAUGCUGUCGGUGGAAGACACCAUCUACCUGGUGGGGGGCUACACACACGAGCUGGAGACCUGGAGGAGGAGGCACAACCAGACAGAAGACGUACUCACGGUGCAGUCGUACAACGUGUCGUCGGGCGAGUGGCUGCAGCUGAAGGAGAACAGCUCCAAGUCGGGCCUGAACCUCACCUGCACGCUGCACAACGACGGCGUCUACAUCAUGAGCCGCGACAUCAGCCUGCCCACCAGCCUCGAGCACCGCGUCUUCCUCAAGUACAACGUCUUCACGCACGCCUGGGAGUCCUUCCGCCGCUUCCCGGCCCUGGGGCAGAACAUGCUGCUCUGCUCGCUCUACUUGCCCAGUGUGGUGUAAACGACCCACCGUGACCGUGGCCUUGUUUGUGACGUGUGACGACGGUGAGCUACAGGGAGGAUAAAAAAGAAAUGGGGAAUUUUACCAGACAGUGACCGUGGCCUUGUUUUGUUUGUGACGUGUGACGGUGAGCUACAGGGAGGAAAAGAAAGAAAGAAAUGGGGAAUUUAACCAGACAGUAACAGUCGGCUGCCUGUGUUAUGACUGGUAGUGACGAUCGAAUACAAGAGGGAAAAGAAAGGCUUUUUUUACGCGGAUAAUAACAAUAUGGCUGCCUGCGUUGUUGACUUGUGAUGGUCGAACACAGAGAGGACAAGAAAGGGGAGGGUGUCUCACCGGAGCAGGCUGUGACUAACAAGGGGUUGAAGGUCAGAGUGUGGUGAAGG